UUUAGGGUUAGGAGAGAAUCAGAGAACCAAUUGUUUUUGUUUUUCCAGAUCUAAAAAAUGCUGAGAGCCGCUUUCACUCUCCGCCACGUUCGGACGCCUUGGCUUGGCGGCGUUCGUUGUCUCUGUUCUGUAGGUGCAAGCUCCAAUCUCAAUACAGGUGACUAUUUCUAUUCUGAAACGAAAGCUAGAGAAAAGUUCGAAAUCUGGUGCAACAAAUAUGGCAAGACAUACCCUUCGGAAGAGGAGAAACAAUUCAGGUUUGAUCGCUUCAGGCAGACUCUUGAAUGGUGCACCCGCGAAAACCAGAAGAUUGAUAACCCAGAACAGGGCUUCUUCGGCACCUACGAACAUGCUGAUCAAACAGAGAACGAAUAUCUGAGACGCGGCGGUGGUUGGAGGCCACUUUUCCCAAUGUUAGAACGUCCAGGGUACACUGAUGAUGAAGAUGUGGAUGACUAUGACGAUGAAGAUGACGAUGAAGAUGAAGAUGACGAUGAAGAUGAGGAUUAGUGAAGGUGUUACCUGUAUUAGCCAUUAUAUUCAGUUAAGUUAAGAGAUAUUUUAAUUUUCAAUUUGAACUGAUUUCCCUUUUCAAUUUUAAUGUUAUUUUACAUUGUGGCUCA